AUGCCGGAUUGUAUCGGCGUCGGUGUAGCCACCCCUCUGCUCAUGGUUGUUGUCGUCGGAUUGGAAUCCGUGGGACGAAAUCCUAUUGCUGUGAGCAAUAUUUCCACAUGUAUCGCCAUUGGUGACUCGGUGGAAGGCGUCACAGUUGUUGACCAUUCCAGCGCGGAUUGGACCGGGUCGUCCGGAUCGUCUUCAUCGGAUGAAGUGGAAGCUGCUGGAGUGGAAGUCGCUGGGUUUGAGGCCACUGCACUAGCGGCGGCUAUACUAGACGCCGCUGCACUGUAUGCCGCCGAACUGGACGCUGCUAUACUAGACACCGCUGCACUAGACGCCGCCACACUGGACGCUGCUAUACUGGAUGCUGCUGCACUGGAUGCCGCCGCACUGGAUGCCGAUAUACUGGAUGACGCGGCACUGGAUGCAGCUGCACUGGACGCCGAGAUACUGGAUGACGCGGCACUGGACGCUGCCGCGCUGGACGCCGAGAUACUGGUUGAUGCGGCACUGGAUGCCGCCGCACUGGAUGCCGAUAUACUGGAUGACGCGGAACUGGACGCCGCCGCACUGGAUGCCGAUAUACUGGAUGACGCUGCACUGGAUGCUGCCGCACUGGCUGACGCUAUACCAGAUGACGCUGCACUGGACGCCGCCGCGCUAGAGGCUGCUGCACUAGAGGCUGCUAUACUAGAUGCCGCUGCACUGGAUGCCGCCGCACUAGACGCUGCUAUACUGGACGCCACUGCACUGGAUGCCGCCGCACUUGACGCUGCUAUGCUGGACGCCGCUGCACUUGAUGCCGCUGCACUAGACGCUGAUAUGCUGGAUGCUGCCGCACUGGACGCCGCCGCUGCACUGGACGCCGCUGCCUUGGAUGCUGCCGCACUGGACGCUGCUGCGCUAGAAGCCGCCGCGCUAGAGGCUGCCGCACUGGACGCUGCUGCGCUGGAGGCUGCUGCACUAGAAGCCGCCGCGCUAGAUGCUGCUAUACUGGACACCGCCGAACUGUACGCUGCCGCGCUGGACGCUGCUAUACUGGAUGCCGCCGCACUAGAUGCCGCCGAGCUAGAUGCUGCUAUACUAGACACCGCCGAACUGUAG